CCCAUGGAGUCGCCUGGGAGGGAAGGCGACCCCAUGCCGAGCGCAGACUUGGUCUUUAGCUUGUCCUAUGUAAUUUUGCGAACUGUUUGAAUGUGCUAACGAGGCACGUUAUUUUUAGCCAUGUCAGCAAAGGGAUCCAAUUCCUGCACAGUUGUGCCUCUUGCGUAAGUGAUUUGUUUUCUAAGGACCUUCAUGAGAGCCAGAGAAAUUUGCCUUCCCUGGAAUGAGGCCCUGCUGACCCUGGGCUCGCCUGGGGCAGAGGGUUGGGCAGUGGGGACCCUAGAGAUGGCCCUCUCUGCAAUAGGGGAGUGCCUAUAGGGUGCUGCCUGGGAGAGAGGUUCAGAAGAUAAAAUUAACAUGGCAUAUGACUGGUUGGAAGUGGGCGUUUUGCAGGAGGGGUGAGGGAGCCUGAUAGGGUUCUGGCCCUGACAGAGGAGCUUAUGGGAUGAACACUGGAAAAUGUACUGCCGCUGUGUGCUGAGGAGAAAGGUCUGAAGAGCAAGUGGUAGGGGCCAGAGGCAAGGGAUGCUACAGCCAGGCAGUACUCCAGCCUGGAUCCCAACAACCUAGGCAGGGAAUUAUGAAGAGAGACUGUCUAGUAUGGCUGUCCUCUCCUGGUGCAAUGAGUGAAGAAGCAGUCUCCCAGGGAGACUGAGGCAGGACCAUGUGGAAGUUGUCACCCAGGGCCAGUGGCCUGGUUUCUGUAGUGAUAAAAGGAAGCUAUGAGAGGUAGUGAAAGGAGAGUAGCGGGAGGCAGAGAGAGGGUGGGGCUGCAGGCUUGGCUACUCCAGAAGAAGGAAGAGUGGUGCCAACUCACUUCUGGGAGAGCAAGGACUGUGCAGUUGGGGGUAAGAGACACCCACAUAUCAGCUUCCUCCUCCCCAGUCCUGGUCUCCGCAGAAGGAACUAGAGGCAUGCCAUGCAUGGGAGAGGAAGCUUCUACGUGCUCUGGUAGAGAGGAAAGUGGAAAGAGCCUAGCUAGUACACCACAGCAGCUCCUCAGCGGUCCUCCGAGAAGGCUCCACGGAGUCAGGGCUUUGCCAGCGAGACAGAUCUGGACAGACUGCAGACUCUCGGGAACUUUCAGACCCUCGGCCUCUUCUUUGUGUAGUUCAUCUCUGAGAUCAGGGGCCAGAUCGAAGCAAGCACUCAGGCAGGAAAUGUUUCUGAAUGUGAGUUCUGGCUUUGGCGUUCAGCCAUUUUCCUGUCAAGGCAGUUUUGAACAGAGGGGGAUGUUCUAGGGUUGUGAGGUCCCCAAGGCAAGAGGAAACGGAAGAGAGAGGUAUCAGGUCUCUGUGUGAAAUGAAAUUUUCAACUACAAAUCGGAAAGCCAGCACUGCAGAGAACCCAGAAGCCUCCAGAAGGGAAAAGGAGGCCAGGCUCAGAGGCUGGGAGGGGGCAAGGAGGCCAACCCUGAAUGAGGAGGUGGACUUCAAAGCCCCUUCUGAGGCCAGAUCAGUGCCCUGCAGCUCCUGGAGGCCUGAGUACCAACAUGUGGUAGCCAUCUCCACACAGGUCCAUUGGACCUAAGUUUGAAACGGAGAAAACCCAGCAGAAAUGGAAGAUAAGAAAGAGAUAAGUUCUUGAAGGAUUGCCAUAGACAGGGAAGGGCAAUGUGCUCACAGUAAGCCACUGUUGCAGGCAAAUGAAGAAGACACUCAGGGCACAUUCAUGCAUGUCAACUGACAUGUUUGUUAGGAUGUCAUGUGGAAGUGUGAAGGAUGGGAAGCAACCAUAAAACCCUGCCGCUCUUCCCAUGUGUUUAUGGCAUAUGGUCGCAGUUGGAGGUCAGGUAGAUUUCCUCUUUAAAAAAUAAAACUGGCAUCUAGCUGCAAUUUGUUGGAUGUGAGUUUCCUUAGAACCAAUGAAUAUGCAAUAAAAGUGACAGAACCAGCCACAGUGUGUCACAAGUACCAACAAGACCAUCCACAGAAUCACAGUAUGUUCACAAGCACCCACAGGACCAGCCACAGAGCCAUAGUGUGUCACAAGCACCAACAGGACCAGCCACAGCUGCCACAGUGUGUCAUGAGCACCAACAGGACCAGCCAUGGUGUGUCAGGAGUACCUAUUCACUCUGGGUGUAGGAUUGAGGUGGAAAUUCAGUGGCUACAGGGUUUGGAGACUGUCAGAGUUUUGAGGGAGGUCACUUAGCUAUGUCAGAAAACACACUCUAAGUUACCGAACUUUGUCUUCUGAGAGCCAGUGCUGGCAAUGAAUUCAGAGAUGCAUCUCAAAACUGAACUCAAAUACAAAACAGAUAAUCCCCUAAGUCCCUAGACUGGAUGACUUGAGGGUACUGAGUCCUGGUUUCCACAGAGGCAGCAGCUAGGUUAGACAUGUGCCCUUCAUGUGUGUUCCCUCAAAAGAGAACCUUGUCCUUUAGCCAGCAUGAGACUGGCCCCUGACUGGCCCAGGGCUCCUUCUCCCCAAUAGGUUGAUGGCUUCUGAAGUUUCCUGAUUCGUCACUGUAAGAUGGGACUGCUGAGGUUCAAGGCCAUCCCACCCUGCAAACAGGGGUUUCAUUCUACAUCCCAGGCACGAGGAGCCCACAGAUUGUAUGGAUGAGCAUCCUCUGUCUAGAAGAUAGAAGUUUCUGGAACUCCAUGUCCUGUUACAUGGGAGGAAUGGAGAAAGACUGGAAGGUAGCCUGUGUGACAUUCAGGGUAGAGCGAGGACCAUUGGUCACCUGGUAUCCUGGCAAACAGAAGCGUCUGGAACCUUCAACAUCAACCCCGAUCUGCGACAUCACUCCAGAGGUGCUUGGUUUUCUUAUCAACAAAACUUCUCCUUUCAAACUGGGUGUCUAUGCCAUUAUCUGGUACAUCCCUGAGGGCACAGGGCACACACAUGUCCCUGAGCCGAGUUCCCAGCCUAGAGACAAGAUGUCACAGGGGAUAUGGAGUCCUGCUGUAUCUGGCCUGGGUGCAGAAAGCCAUCCCUUAUGAUAACCUCUGACCUGGUUUCUGCUCUGGACAUGUUACCUGAAACUCCAUCAGGACAUUCCUAGUGAGGCCAGAAACUCCAGGCCAGGAGAUAUAGGUAGUUGAAAGAUGCAACUCCACCCACAUUAACAGUAUGAGUCCAGAAAAAGCCAGUGGCCCACCUUGGGGUAGCAGGCUGGACACAAAUACCCUGCUCCCUGCCCUUGCAUUAUUGCAGGUGACCCAGGCAGAUGAGAUGAUCCUCUGAGAUGCAUGGAUCAGAUGCUCAGCAGAGGACAAAUACGGCAGGAAGCUCCAGGCAAAGAUGGGGUGGCAGCUUUCCAAUCCCCACAGGCAGCUUACCCUGAAAAGCUGACCUUUCCGAACAUACGCAGGUUUCAUUCCCUCAGAAGGUGACAGCGUGUCCCCUGCCCUGUGGAAUCAGGGCCCUAAUAGGUCCCCUCUCUGCCGCUUAUCACACACCGAAGGCCAGGCCGCGUCUCUAAUAGUUCCCUUUCACCGCGCUGCCUGCUACUGACUGCGGAAAGUGUAGGUUUGGCUGCACUGAUGGCCCUCGGUAAUGGCUGUGAUUACACCCUCUGCAUCCUCUUCCCAGUGCCAGCCUUUCAGCCGAGCAGCACAUUAUGCCUGGAUAAGACUCAAAGAGCGGCUUAAUACCAGGUUCUCGGGGCUGUAAUGAGUGGUUCAGGAUGAGGCAGACACAGCCGCAGCAGUUGCUCGGCAGCCCGCGGUUCAAACACGUCGUGGCGUCCGUGGGCACCUUUUUGAGUUAAAGCUCGGCUUACACCUUUGCCUGGAUCCUAGAAAAGGAGUGAACACAAACAGAAAAACAAAUACCUUCCACGCGGCGCAAGAAAAGCCACCAAGUGCCACCCCAUUAGCCUGAGAAGACGGGCGUGCCUGAGCAGGCUGCGGCAGGUGCAUAUUUCAGAGCUCGUGUAUAUCACAGAGGUGGCUUUUGUCACCUCCCAUGAUGCCAUUCAGAACCUUCCUGCAUCCACUUAACUCUUUUUGUUUUUAUCAUUUAAGGGUGAGGUGAGAAUGUCGCUUGCUUAACUCAACCUGUGUACAGACCAUAGCCCCAAAUAAGUCCUGAAUAUCAGAAAGGAGCGUAGCUUUGUCUCUCUCCUGUGCACUCUUCCCGGGAUGUAGCCUGGAGGUGGAGGGUGGCCCUUUCCCAGAAUGCAUGGAGGCCGACAGACAGAUAGCAGCCAUGUUAUAAUUUGCCUCUUUCUUUUUUUCACUGUCUUCUUACUAAAAGACUUGAGACUGUAUCAGGGGGCUGCACCGUGGACCUAACACUAAGUCAAUGUCAGACCUCAGGAUAAAGGACAGAGUCACACAUGGCAUGAGGCUGGUUUCACAUGGUGGCCAUGGG